AUGGUAUGUCCGAGCGGCUGGAGCGUCGAGUUCUCGCUCGAGCGCGAUGGAGCCUCCAGCUCCGAAUAUUCGGCACUGGGGUCGCCGAAAAAGCCGCUAACUACUGAUGACGCUUCGAUAUCGGUCGUGCCGGGGUUGCAUUGCGGCCCGGCCGGUCGAAGGACCCUGAUCAAGUGGAUUGAGGACAACUACAAAUUGCGCAAGAAAACGCAUCAUUCCAACCCUGGUGCGCUGGCAUGCCGUCUUUGGCAGGAAUCACAGGGAUUUUCGGACCCGGUCGCCAAGGCUGUCGUCGACCUCCUAAAACUCAAUGGCGUACCUGCCAAUGUCACCUACAAGGAAGUGUUCGAGAAACACCUCUCCAAACUGCUUUCCACCCUCAUCAAGAAGUCGGCGGAUAACGAGGAACGACUCACCGCACUCGCGGAAAAGAUGAUUUCCAUGUUCCAGGUCACGGAAAUACAGCCGAUGCUCUGCGAUGUCCUCGACAAACUUGACGACAUACCGCAGUUCGCCAGGGCGAAGCUCCUGGCCAACACCUCGUCGGCGAACAAUUUUUUCAAGAUCGUGCCGAUUGGUGUGAAACGCAAACUGCUGGCGGCUUCUCCUGCGAAACUGUAUAGCAUAGUUGCCCCGCUGAUAGAGGACGCCCUGUUCCUGCUCGACCUGGGGAUACUGGAGGGCGACAUGAAGGGGAAUGUGCUCUACAGGGGAUUUCAGGAGGACUACAAGUCCAUUAUCGCAGAAAUUGUGGAUCUCAUAGGUCCCCCGAAAACGCACACGUCCAGGGUCAUCUAUUUUCUCGUGCAGCAUACCAUCAGGGUGAUGUUCACACGCAGCGUGCUGACAACCAAGUCUGCUGCCACGAGGGCCGAUAAAAAUAAGGACAUCGAAUAUGGCGUAUGGUUUGGCGACCAGCCGUUCGAACCAGAGAACUCCAGUCGGGGACCAUCGCAGACAGACGACUCCUUCAACGUCUACAGGCGGCACGCGGAGAACUCCAUAGGGAUCCUGUACAACCUGGAGAAUAACGCUGAUGAAACUGUCAAGAGUGUGAGCGAGAUGCGCUACUCUGGCAGCGGCUUCUGGAACCUGAGUGCAAUAAGGCACUCCAUCACCACCCUGUACCAGGAGACCUAUCUCGUGCAGCCAGAGGAGAUGCAAGCCAUGGAGCCGUUCAUGAGCUUGACCCAGCUAAUCACGUGCAUAGGAGACAGCAACGGUUCGAAAUUGCCUACGGAGAUGCUACAUAAACUGGCGAAGCCCAAUAAGGAAUUUAAGCCUCAUCAUCUGAAGAUCAGGGAUGAUAUGGAGUUAUUCGACGUGGCUUUCAUGCUGAGCAACCCCAUAGUUGCGAGCGGGAUCCUAUCGCACGUGCUGCACUACAUGAAAAACACCAGUGCUGUCCUCCUGUCGGCUCAAACUGACAUCCACGACUGGUUAUCGCUACUGGCUCUAGGCCUUUCAGCACACCACAUCGCUGCAACCAAGUUCCUUAUGGAGGUCGACUUGCAACUCAGCGGCGACAGCUGCAUUUCUACGGCGUUGCUCAGAGCAGCCAAAAGCACCGGAAAACCCGUCUCACUUGCCAAGCUGGUCUCUUACGUCUACCCCAUGGACAAAACGGUGCGCGUAUCAGAGGACGUGCCGCCCCUUCUAUCGAACGUCAUGUUCCUGAAGAAUUCACAGCGUGACUCUGACGCUAUGAAAACUGACGGGGUCGAGGAAGACGAAAUGACUUUUCACGAGUUGCUAGUUCUGUACCUGCCUAGGGUAAACAUCGAACGCCUCAGGGGCUUCAUCGCAGAUUGCGCGGCGUUCUGCCGGGCGACGGAAACGCAGGCCGAUGAGGAAUCAUACGCAAAAGAAGCCACCAUACGCAUCCGCAACAUCUUGGAGUCGUUCGACGAGAACGUUUGCGACCCGAAGGAGCACCUGCAGCGCGCGGCAGCGAUUGUGGAAAAGCGUGCCGCGUCAGGAGAGCCGAACCGCAAGCUGUCUGUGCUGGAAAGGCUGCACAACAAGUUCAAGUUCGUCAACAGCACCGUGAUGUGCAUCCUGGUGACAACUGCCAACGUCACCAACCUCUUCAUGAAAAUGAUGGCGGUGAGGAUGAUUGCGGGCUGUGUCCAGCAGAAGGUCUCUAGACCCGUGGUGAAACCGGUGUUGUACGAGAAAAUAAAGCGGGUAGGAUUCUGCUCGAUGAACAUGCUGGAGUUUGACUCGCUGACUGAUUUUAUCGCAAACGUCGCUAGUCAGGGUCAACUGUGCGCGUUCCUACCGCUGUACACGUUAGCUGCGAGGCGCGGGGAGUCCAAGGCGAAACAGCGGCACAUCGACGGCAUCCACAGGGUGGGACAGCAGCUCUUCUACGGCCAGGACAACAGCCGAAAGAUGGCGAGGUACGCCUGCGCCUGCAGACAGAUCGAGGAUAUGUACAACACAUAG